GCACCACUAUGUACAAAGAGGAAGAAGCAGAGACCACAUAAGGAGCAGAAGAGGAAGAAGAAGAAGGAAAAGAGCAGUAAAGGUGUUGUUUUGGCAAUGAGUUUAACGGUUAAGUCAGUUAGUGAAAGAAUUUCGGACUGGUGAAACGUAUAAUAAGUAAACGGCAAAGCAAUAACGGCAGAGUGAAAACACAUAGAGCUCAACAAAGAGUAAAAAAAUUAUGGAAAAUUUAAAGCAAAUUUAAUAGCAUAGAAAAUUAAAAAUAAAAUUAAAAAAUAUUAAAAGUUGAUUUCUAAUUGUGUUUCCGUGCAGUGAAGGAGUGAAAAAAAUAUUCAUAUAAUUAGCCGUGUGUAUGCGCGUGUGUGUAUGCUUCCUUUACUUGGGAAGUGGUUGCGGCAGGCGUUGGAAAAAAGCAAAUUAACAGCAGCAACAGCAUUGCAUUGUACACACAAGUGAAAAAAGUUGUAAAAAAAAAACGUAGAAAAGCUGAAAAAUUAAAAUUUAACCAAUAAAAGGCCAAGCGAAAUUACACCCGAGCGUUGAAAAGUGCAGAAAAGCAGCGUGAGAAAGUGAAUUUUUAGUAAUUUUGUGAAAAAGAGUUCUCUGUGCAAGUUGCUUAAAACAAGCGUGUGUAGUGGCGAGCAAAUAGCUUGGAGCAAUUGGAGCAAGGCAAACAGUUGAAAUAGCGGACAGGAAUACGCGACUUCACUAGUGGUGCCACAAACAUAUGUAGAUGAUAUGUUAAAAGCUAACGGUAAUAAUCAGCAGCAAUGUCAAGACGAUGAACUACUGAUAACGGUAACGCACAAUACAAAUGCAUCAACAAUAUUUUGUAAUCACACGGAGGCGGCAAAUUGAAACUGCAUAUCGCGACGGGAGCGAACAACAAUAACAACUGAAAGCUAUGAAUCUGAUAAAUAUGGAUUCGGAAAAUCGGGUCGUGCUGAAUGUGGGCGGCAUUCGGCACGAAACGUAUAAGGCGACACUGAAGAAAAUACCCGCCACACGAUUGUCGCGCCUCACCGAGGCGUUAGCCAACUAUGAUCCCAUAUUGAAUGAAUACUUCUUCGAUAGACAUCCGGGGGUCUUUGCUCAAGUACUCAACUACUAUAGAACCGGCAAGCUGCACUAUCCAACAGACGUAUGCGGGCCACUGUUCGAGGAGGAGCUCGAAUUUUGGGGUUUGGAUUCGAAUCAGGUGGAGCCAUGUUGUUGGAUGACAUACACACAGCAUAGGGAUACACAAGAAACAUUAGCGGUAUUAGAUCGUCUGGAUUUAGAUACAGAAAAACCGUCCGAAGAGGAAUUGGCGCGCAAAUUCGGUUUCGAAGAGGACUACUACAAGGGCACAUUGUCGUGGUGGCAAGAAAUGAAACCGCGCAUUUGGUCGCUCUUCGAUGAGCCAUACAGUUCGAAUGCGGCCAAGACAAUCGGUGUAGUUUCGGUAUUCUUCAUUUGCGUAUCCAUCUUAUCAUUUUGUCUGAAAACACAUCCAGAUAUGCGUGUGCCAUACCUCGUGAAUACAUCGGUGAAUACCGCCAACGGCAAUAUGGCUUGGUAUAUCGAUAAACCACAAACAAAUGCACAUAUAGCUUUCUUUUAUAUUGAGUGCGUUUGUAAUGCCUGGUUUACAUUCGAAAUAUUGGUUAGAUUCAUAUCAUCGCCAAAUAAAUGUGAAUUCAUAAAGUCAUCUGUUAACAUCAUAGAUUAUAUAGCAACGCUUAGUUUUUAUAUCGAUCUUGUGCUUCAAACGUUCGCAUCACAUUUAGAGAAUGCCGAUAUUUUAGAAUUUUUCUCAAUAAUACGUAUUAUGCGUCUAUUUAAAUUGACGCGUCAUUCGUCCGGCCUUAAAAUUCUAAUACAAACGUUUCGUGCAUCGGCAAAAGAGCUCACGCUGCUGGUGUUUUUCCUCGUAUUGGGCAUUGUGAUUUUCGCAAGCCUAGUUUACUAUGCGGAACGUAUACAACCGAAUCCGCAUAAUGAUUUUAAUAGUAUCCCGUUGGGUCUAUGGUGGGCACUGGUCACUAUGACUACCGUCGGUUAUGGUGAUAUGGUGCCGAAGACCUAUAUUGGCAUGUUUGUGGGCGCAUUAUGUGCGCUUGCCGGUGUGCUAACGAUCGCACUGCCCGUACCCGUCAUUGUGAGCAACUUUGCCAUGUACUACUCGCAUACGCAAGCUAGAGCUAAACUGCCGAAGAAACGGAGAAGAGUGCUUCCGGUUGAACAGCCCCGUCCACCAAGGUUGCCAGGUCAAACGGGCGGUGUUAGCGGCUGCGGUACGCCCGGUUCUGGCCCACACUCCGGACCCAUGGGUUCUGGUGGCACCGGUCCACGUCGCAUGAAUAACAAAACUAAGGAUUUGGUCAGUCCGAAAUCAGGCCCAAUCGGCGCCAGCAUCGUGGCGAUGAGUCCGCGCACGAUGUUAGACUUGAAUCCAGCAUUGGCGAUGGGCAAACCGACUUUUGAAUCGAAAGGUCCACCAAUCACCAGCAAAGAUAUUAAGGACACAACAACUAUACGCAAUACAAUGGAUGCUGGUGGCAUGAAGAACUUUUUAUAGAUGUAGUGUUUGUAUAAAGAAAAAAGUAGUAGCAAAAAAAAAAAAUAC